AUGCCUCGAGAUCAGAAAUUUUUUUGUAAGUACAAAUGUUUGCAGCCCGGUUGUCGCAAGAUCAUUCGCCAAGAUAAGUGGAGUUUGCAUUGCAGAAAAGAUCAUGGAUAUAUGCAUGCAAGAGGUGAAGACAUAAAAAAAGACAUUGUUCCAGUAAAAGACAUCUAUGGUAAAUGGAAACCACAAAGCUCAAGCCAAACUAAUUCACCAUCUACAAGUUUAAUGCCAGCAGGCAGUAAUAAUGAUAUGAGAAAAUCAGAUGAUGAUAUUGAUGAUGUUGUUGCUAAAGAAUAUUUGCCAACAGAGGCAGCUGAAUCCAACAGCAACUUUGUGAUUUGA